UUAAUCAUAACAUUUUGUCGUUCAAAGUAGACUGUAUCUUGAAAAUAUACACAUUUUUUGUACUUUUUAAGCAACCGAAAAAACAAAACCUUCAACAGAACGAGCAAAAAGUGAAGACUUUUACAGCAAUGACACAGCUCGGGCUCCCAGGCCGCAAGUCCAGGGCCAAGCCCAAAAUCUUCCAACCAGAGUGUAAACCGAAUUGGUGGGGAAUCGAAAAGUGGUUCUCAGUUCCGAAAAAAGAAACUUGUUUCAAAAAAACAAAGGCGCUUAUCCAAAAAGCAGCCUAAUCAUUCUGGACAAUGUGGCUCAUCCAGUAGGCAAGCUAUUCACUUCCAAAAGUGGCUCUUCCUUGCCAAAAACUUCUAUAUCUUCGCAAUCCGAAAGAAGUAACUCAUUUCCAGAUCAAUCCGGAAAAUGCCCAUAUUGCAACAAGGCCGCUUUUCCGUCCGGAAGUUGCAAGUCAAAUCCAGAGCACAUUUAUUUUAGGCCAUCAGACUUUCUUUCAGGAAAAUUGCACGUCGUCAAAGAGCCAACAGUUUCACUUGACAAUGGUCACUCAUCCAAUGAGGAAAGAUUACCGUCCAAAACCGAGAGAUCCGAUUGUUCCGAGUUAUCGUCCUUAACCAUAGUCCCAAGUUCCCCAACCAAGGAGUAUUACUCAGCAAGGGAAAGUACUUCUGAGUCCAAAAGAACUCUGAGAAAUGAAACCUCAGCGAGAUCUUGCAGCAAGUCGUCAGAAGGGGGAAGUACAUCUGACUCCGAAAAAACUCUGAGGAAUGAAACAUCAGCAAGAUCGCUCAGCAAAUCGACAAAGGGGCUCUACUCCGCAAUGGAAAACAGUGCUGAGUCAGAAAAAACUCUGAGGAUCGAAUCCUCAGCAAGAUCGCAUAGAAAGUCGUCAGCAAGGAAAAAUACUUCAGAGUCCGAAAACGCUCUAAGGAACAAAACCUCAACAAGAUCGCGCACCAAAUCGUCAAAUGGGCUUUACUCCAAAAGCGAAGAUUACGUGGAUCUGAACGACCUUCUGGACGAGUCUAAGAACACUCGGUUCUACCGCGAAAUGGCGGGCAUCUACUUCACCAAGCGCAAAGCCGUCGAGUUCAAAGAGCGCCGUGAUAGGAGAUUUCUCGACCUUACCAAAAAGAGGUAGAUGUAUGGGGACACUGGUCUCUCCCUUUCGAUUAUUUGACAGUUUGUCGCAAUUAAUAAAGUUUGUCGCGUCGAAUGGUGGAGGGCAAAAAAUGUACAGUGCUCAGCUAGAAAAAGUUCAUGUAAGCAAAAUUCAAAUGUGGUAUAGACUAUAACAUACCCACAGCUGCGAUUUAUAUGGUACAGGAUUUAUUAAAUAAUUUUCGGCUUCUCA